UGGAAGUUGGAAGUUGGGCAUUAAUCUUAUGAUUAGAUUUUAGAAUAUAAAGUUAUGUUGAUACCACCAAAUUCUAUGUAGUAAUUUGUAGCCACCAAAAAAUAGCAAAAAGUCAUGAAUAUGGAAUCAUGGAAGCUUAUACUCUCUCUUCUUGGUGUCAUGUCUUUAUUCUUCUCUUAUUGUUAUUGUGAUAAAGCUCCAAACUACACUUUUAUGAAGCUAGCAACACUCGCACCACAAGUCUCAUACUACGACUACAUCAUCAUCGGUGGCGGCACAGCUGGUUGUGCUUUAGCAGCCACCCUCUCCGAAAGGGCUCACGUCCUCGUCCUAGAGCGAGGCGGAGCCCCAUACGGAAACAAGAUCGUCGAAGAAAUGAGUAAAUUCGGAGCCAACCUGGACGACGAAUCCGCGACCUCUUCAGCCCAGCCCUUCGUGUCCGAGGAUGGCGUAGUGAGCUCCCGCGCGCGCGUUCUAGGGGGCGGCUCAGCGUUGAAUGCAGGAUUUUACACUCGGGCGAGCACAGAUUAUGUUGCGGAGGCUGGUUGGGAAGGUGCGCUAGUGAAUGAGUCAUACACAUGGGUUGAAAGAAAGGUGGCGUUUAAGCCUCCAAUGUUGCAAUUUCAAUCAGCUUUUAGAGAUGGAUUGGUGGAAGUUGGUGUUAAGCCGUAUAAUGGGUUUACUUAUGAUCAUAUAAUUGGUACUAAGAUUGGGGGGACUAUAUUUGAUCAUAAUGGGAAAAGGCAUACUGCUGCUGAUUUGUUGGAGUAUGCACAUCCUAAUGCCACUGUUGUUUAUUUGUUUGCUACAGUUCAUAAGAUACUCUUUAAAACCAAAGGACAAUAUUCGAAGAGACCCAAAGCACAUGGAGUGAUAUUCAGGGACUCAAAGGGAAUAAAACACAAAGCAUAUGUAAAAGCAGGGAAUAUGAAUGAGAUAAUAUUAUCAGCAGGUUCAAUGGGAAGCCCACAAUUAUUGAUGUUAAGUGGAAUUGGGCCUGCAGCCCAUCUUAAGGAACUUGGGCUUAAAGUAAUGGUGGAUCAGCCAAUGGUAGGCCAAGGAAUGACUGAUAAUCCAAUGAAUGCUGUAAUAAUACCAUCACCAACCCCUGUUGAAGUUUCCCUCAUCCAAGCUGUUGGGAUUACUGACUUUGGUAGUUACAUUGAAGCUGCUAGUAGUGCUAACUUUGCCAAUUCCAUUAUUCACUCUCUUCCAACAUCUUAUAAGACUAGCCAACCCUCAAGCAACCAAGACAAACAUGAAAAGACUCGACUAAUAAAUGGUAAAAAAGAAAUGAUAAACUCAGAUUCAGGAGAUGAAACCUUAUAUGCAGGCCUAAUUCUUGAGAAAAUCAUGGGACCACUUUCUUCAGGGCACCUUUUACUUAAGACCAUAAACCCUAAAGACAACCCUUCUGUAACAUUCAAUUACUUUAAGGAAAAGGAAGAUCUUAUAAGGUGUGUUAAAGGUAUGGAAACCAUAGUAAAGGUCAUUAAUUCUAAAUCAUUCUCGAAAUUUCGAUACCCGGAAAUACCAGUGGAAGAUCUCUUAACCACCAUGCUCAGCCUCCCCUUAAAUCGGUGCCAGAGACCGGCUAACGACACCGGGGAAUUUACUACGCUUGAGCAGUUUUGUAAGGAUACGGUAAUGACAAUAUGGCAUUACCAUGGAGGUUGUCAAGUUGGUAGAGUGGUUGAUAAAGAUUAUAAGGUUUAUAAUGUUAGUGGUUUAAGGAUUGUUGAUGGUUCUACUUUUUAUGCUUCUCCUGGAACCAAUCCUCAAGCUACUGUUAUGAUGCUUGGAAGAUACAUGGGGCGAAGGAUUUUGGAAGAGAGAAAUGCAGCAUCGAAGCAUGCGAUUGGUGAAUAACACGAAUUUGUAAUUUCCAUGAGAGUGGAAAAAGUCCAUAUUUAUAAUAGAUAACCAAUACUAAAUUUGAACUCUGUAGUUUAAGAACUUCAAAUUUUAUAAGUUCAAUUUGUGUUCUUAAAAUUGAUUCUAAUAAUUUUAUAUAUAAAUUAGUUGAUAAAUAAUGUUCACUUCAUUUUUUAUUCUAUGAAUUAAUUGUUAUAAAUAUAAAUAUAAUGUAAGCAUCUAUAUUUUAAACAAGUUCUUUAGGAGGAAAA